AUGACGACAACGACAAACCCCGAUCCACCUAAUUAUCAACCAACGCCAGUAGAAGAUUAUUCAACAUGGGAUAUUGUAAAGGCCACACAAUAUGGCAUUUUCUCUCGAGUCUUAGAGUUAGUUGAACCCCCAUCGGAUUCCCAACAUCCCCCUUUUGAUGUUAAUCAAUUAGAUCAUGAAGACGUCUCCCUCUUACAUUGGGCCGCUAUCAAUAACAAUUUUACGAUCGUCAAGUAUCUCAUCUCUAAAGGUGCGAUAAUUGAUCGAAUUGGCGGAAAUCAGCAGGCCACUGCUCUGCAUUGGGCUAUUAGGAAACAUCUUUUGGAGAUGGUUGGUCUUUUAAUGCAUUUCGGCGCAAAUCCAUUGGUUCAAGAUAUUCAGGGUAUGACGUGUCUCCAUGUUGCAGCUCAAGAAGGUGCAACUUCAAUUGUCCUCUACCUCCUUGCAAAGGGCGUAGAUGUUAAUUGGUUUGUUAUAGUAAUUUUCUAUUUAAUUUAA